CCUAAUAUUGUGGUGUUAACGGGCCUUUUCUGUUCUUUAUUCCCCCGCCUUCUGUUGCGGCGCUGGGAUUCCUUGGUGUCCUAGCAGAGGUCCUUUUAAUGUUCCUUCAAGUUGGUUUGCCUCUGGCUGCGCCUUUAACAUGCAAGCAGAAGCCUAUAUAAUUGUAGAAGCUACAUCACUGCCAUCUUUAUAAAGGAGAAUCCGCAUUAAUUUUAUUUCUCCUCCCCCCUUAUUGAAUGAAAAGAAUGGCGUGAGUUUGAGUUCAACAGUCUAACUCUAUUUUGCUUACUUGAAAAUAAAGUAGUGAAUUCAUAGGGUUUACUCCCAGAAAGUAACAAUGGCUGCCCGCAGAUUUGCUCUGAAAGCGGUAGACUGGAUGGCAUUUGCUGAGCGAGUGCCUCCCAACCAGAAGCCCAUGUUUAAUGCCCUGAAAACACGCAGUGAUUCUCUGGCAGCCAAGCUUGCUUCUUUGCCAGAGAAUCCCCCAGCUAUAGAUUGGGCUUUUUACAAGACUGCAAUUGCUGAUAAGGCCAUGGUAGAUGAAUUUGAGAAAAAGUUUAAAGCACUCAAGAUUCCUGAGCCUGUGGACACCCAGACAGCUAAGAUAGAUGCCCAAGAAAAAGAGGCUGACAAGAAUGCUGCUUCUUUCAUACAAGCCUCUAAGCAACGUGUUGUUGAGCAUGAGAAAGAGCUUCAGAAGGUUAGAAGCAUGAUUCCUUUUGAUCAGAUGACAAUGGAAGAUUUCCAAGAGGCAUUUCCAGGAAGUAGGCUGGACAAAGAAAAAUACCCGUUUUGGCCACACAGGCCUAUUGCUGAAUUGUAAGAGCUGUCUAUCCAAAAGAACUUUGCUGUAUCCAUCAACUCUAGAAUCCCUGGGGGUAUGUUAAAUAAAGUAAUCCUACAGGAA